CAUCUUCUUAAGAGCUAUAGUUUAAGUCAUGUGGGUGUGAAAUCUCUGAAGGACAGGUGGCUAGAACACAGAUGAGCAAGUUCUUAAGCUUAGCGGUUAGAGCAUAGUUAGACCUGGUUCAGAUCCAUCCCUCAGUGACCUUGGAGAAGCAAGGUGGAGAAACUGAAGCCUAGAAGUCAACCCUGAGUCGGAUAGUAUUACUUGCCUCUUAGGUUAUGAGGAUUAAGUGAGAUAAAGAAUUAAGUGCUCGAUAUGUGUUACUCACUAUUACUGAUUAUGUAGCUGAAGUUCCCUACCUAGAGCGGUGAUUCUGGAAACGUGCUCCUCUGCCCAGCCACACGGGUGUCACCUGUGAGCUUGUUACAAGUGCAAGUUCAUGGGCGCCACUCAGACUUAGGGAAUUAGGGUCUGGGGGUAGGUGGGAGGUGUAGGAACGGGCUCCCCAGGUGAUAGGCAGGGAAAGGUUUGAGAACAGCCCUAGGGGAAUCGAACAGAAUUAGAUAGGAAGGGAGUUGUUGUUUUUCCCCCCCCCCCAUUUAUUUAUUUUUAAUUGAAGGAUAAUUAUGAUAUUGUAUUGUUCUCUGCCAUACAUCAACAUGGAUCAGUCAUAGGUUUAGAGUUUUUUAAAGAGGGGCUAACAAUGGUAUCCUUUACAGUGGAGAGGAUAAAAAGCUCAGAGAAGAUGAAAUUUGGGGGAAAAGAGUGAACACCUACCUCUUCAUGAUGCAGGCCCAAGGCAUCCUCAUCCGGGACAACAUGCGGACCAUCGGCGCACAGGUUUACGAGCAGGUGGUCCGGAGCGCCUACGCCAAGAGGAACAGCAGUGUGAAUGACUCAGAUUAUCCUCUCGACUUGAACCACAGCGAAUCCUUCCUACAGACCACGACUUUUCUUCCUGAAGACUUCACCUACUUUGCAAACCAUACCUGUCCCGAAAGGCUCCCUUCCAUGAAGGGCCCAAUAGACAUAAACAUGAGUGAGAUUGGAAUGGAUGCCAUCCAUGAACUCUUCUCUAAAGACCCAACCAUCAAGCUGGGCGGUCACUGGAAGCCGUCAGAUUGUGUGCCUCGAUGGAAGGUGGCCAUCCUUGUCCCCUUCCGGAACCGCCACGAGCACCUCCCGGUCCUGCUCCGACACCUCAUUCCCAUGCUCCAGCGCCAGCGCCUGCAGUUUGCGUUUUAUGUGGUGGAGCAAGUUGGCACCCAACCCUUUAAUCGAGCCAUGCUUUUUAAUGUGGGUUUUCAAGAAGCAAUGAAGGACUUGGACUGGGACUGCCUAAUUUUUCAUGACGUGGAUCACAUACCAGAAAGUGAUCGUAACUAUUACGGAUGUGGACAGAUGCCAAGGCAUUUUGCGACUAAACUGGAUAAGUAUAUGUAUCUGCUUCCUUAUACUGAGUUCUUUGGCGGAGUGAGCGGCUUAACAGUAGAACAGUUUCGGAAGAUCAACGGCUUUCCUAACGCGUUCUGGGGGUGGGGUGGAGAAGAUGACGACCUGUGGAACAGAGUCCAGAAUGCAGGCUAUUCUGUGAGUCGGCCAGAAGGUGACACAGGGAAGUACAAGUCCAUUCCUCAUCACCAUCGAGGAGAGGUCCAGUUUCUUGGAAGGUACGCUCUGCUGAGGAAGUCUAAGGAGCGGCAACCGGUGGACGGCCUCAACAACUUGAACUACUUCGCGAACGUCACGUACGACGCCUUGUAUAAAAACAUUACCGUCAACUUGACACCCGAGCUGGCUCAGGUGACUGAGUACUGAGAGGAGGAGGAACAGUCGUUGGCUUCCCCCACCGCCCCCAGGACAGCAGCCCGCCGACGCGUCUCGGGGGGGCGCGCCACAGAGGAAGAGAACAGGAAACCCAGCGCCUCCUGAAGGAUCACAGGGUUCAAGGAAAAAAAAAUGUGAACAGAGCACACGCACAAAAACGCCUUCCCCGUCCGGACCCGCCGGGGUGGAGGGAGGCGCCCGGGAACUGACCGACGUCUGUCCUGCUGCCCUCCUCCCCGGCCUCCCGCCCCGUCUCAGCCACGGGCCUCCGCAAGCGGAACCGGAACCGCCCCGGAGCCUCUUCCCCCGCGAGAACGGCCUGGGCAGCUUCUUGGCCUCCAGAGCAGAGAGGCAGACCCGCGCAGGGCAGCUGUGUUUUAGGAAGAGCAAAAGGAAACUCCACACAACCAUCCUUCUACAUCUCUGGUGUUCCCUCUCUCUCUCUUUUUUUUCUAAAUUACCUGCUUUGGGUGGGGAUUGAGGGUGGAGGGGGAGGGCUUGGGGAAGAGAAAUAGACAUGCAACAAUCACUUCUUGAAGAAGUAUAAUUGUAAAUAAGCCAUGUAAAAUGCCUUUUUUUUUUUUAAAUUUAAUUUUCUAGCUGGCUCCAACUCAAACCGAGGGUUUAUAUAUCAGAUCCUGUAUUGGUUUGGCAGAUGCAGGAACUCGGCUAAAAGGGAACGACAGCAUCUCCCCGGUUGCUGUCACUGUGGAAGGGAGUGGAUAUAGAGCAUGUCACAGCAGAACAAAACAGCCCAGUCAUUAUCACCAGUGGCCAACUUCUUCUGCCUCACCUGCCUUCCCCUUUUCCAAAAGCGUUGCUCUUGACUUUGGUUUUGGUUUUCUAUUCCCUGUUGGGCAGUCCUUCCCAGUCCCAGCCUUGUGCUGAACAGGAAGCUGUGUUAGCAUAGUGCUGUCCUGCUUGAAGCAAACCCUUCGGGUGGGCCCACUGCACACCGCUGGAUCUCUCACCUUGGUGUCUCAUCCUUUCCUCGGCAUCAGGAGAGAGUGGGGGUGUUGGUUUUUCCUACUUUCUGUUUCUCUCUCUUUCUUUCGCUUGCUCUUGUGGACCGUGGCCACAGUUUCUGAAAUCUGUGCCUAAAUUACCAACCAGCUUCAACGAUUUCUCUGAAUUUUCCCCUUUUUGGUUUCUGGAAAGCUUUUUGUGUUUUUUUUUUGGUCAACAUUAUUAACUAGUAUUGGGUUGGCCACAAAGCUCACUUGGGUCAUUCUGUGCCAUCGUACGGGAAAGCCCAAAUGAACUUCUUGGCCAGCCCAAUAUAUAGAAUCAUGAGCAACUGAAUGAUGUGGAACUUAGCCAGGGAGCAGGUGGCACUUGUGUGCUGCGGGUCAACUGGGAUCCAGGCUAGACCAAAUCAGAGCUUUGGGGUUAGCUUAACAAAGCUGCCGGACAGACAGACACAGGAGCCCACAUGCUCCUUUCACACCCCCAUGUGCUUUUUUGAAGUCAGAUUCUAAAUUGCAUUUGAAUUUGUGCCUCUCUGUUUCCCUUGAGCCAAAUCCCUCACCUCAUAGUCCCCUUUGGCUCCUGCAGAAUUCUGAGAAAUACCAGGUUUCCCCCAUCCUUUUCCAUAAAACAUAUUUAUGUAUCCAUACUAAAGAGUACUUUCUGAAGAGUACUUCAUAGUUUGUUUUUUUUUUUAAUUGCCUUGUUUGCCUUCAGUUUCCUUAAUUUUCAUGGUUUACAUGGAUGUGUGUGUAGGGGCUAUAUUUGUGUAUAUACACGUGGGUUGGGGUUUUUGCAUGUGUGGGUUCCAUGGACGUAUGAUCCCCACAAGCUGUGGGAGUGAUUGGCCAGGCCUUGUUUUUUUAAUGUGUGUUUUUGUUCUUUCGAAGAAGAGGUUGCUAUUUAGAAAAGAAACCGCAUUGCAAAGCUCUUACCAGCUCAUAUGAGAGAGCAGAUUCCUGCCCUUGAGCACGCUGGUAAGUUAUCAUAAAUGUUUUAAAAGAGUUUUGAGCAUUUCAUGCUUUAAAAGACCUUCACAGGGAAUAUGACACACGAAGUUCUUUUGGUUUUCCUUUGACGUAAGGUGCAUAAAGCAAUAAAAAUUUCUUUCCCCCUUCCUCCAUGCGCCCCCAGGCCUCGUUCUGGCCUGGCCUCUUCUUUCUCUGAGAGCUGUGAGCUGCUUUCAGUGUGACAAAAUUAUGAUGUCCUUUGGAAGAAUUUGCCAGGGCAGACUGAUCAUUGGUCAGGGAUGGCCCGUGUUUGAAGCCUUUCAUUAGCGUAUUUGCCAUAAGAACAAAUGCUGGCAGAAAGCUAACAACACCUAAUUUGACAAAGAAAAUGCUGGCUUGAGGACAAAAGGAAAAAGUCUUUUCAGGGCUGGAAGUUGGGUGACUUAAAUCAUCUUGCAAUCAUGUGUGAGUUUGUUUUAUCUGUGUGAAAUCUCUUACUGUGCACUGUUAAAUCUUUUAUCCACUAAACUAAGUGGGGAAACAUAAAAGAAAAAAUAAAAAACCGCAGCCAGCCCCACGUGCUGUUGAUAGCGUGAAAGUAUCAUGUUAAACAACAAGAACCAAGUGUGACCUUGCGCGUAUUUUGGCAGCUGAAAUUCCUUAAGGCUACCAAACGGAUGACCCCUUAAAUCAGCCUUGUCUUACGAUUGCAGUGUGCAAGGAAAAGUCUUCUUUCACGCUGAUUUUUUUGGCGGGGAGGGAGUGUCCACAAAGCUAUUCAUGUUGACAACACAGGGCCUCCCCUAAGAGCCGCUCCACCAGACACCUAUAGCUGAACGACAGCCACGUGGACUGAUGGUAUCCACUCACCAAUGACGAUGACAUUGAACUAGCUUAUUUCCAUCACUACGAUUUUUUGAGCUUGCUCUUAUGUUUUAAGAGGUGCCAGGGGUACAUUUUUGCACUGAAAUCUAAAGAUGUUUUAAAAAACACUUUUCACAAGAAUAUAGUCCUUUGUCAUUACAUUAUUUACUCAUGUGUUUGUACAUUUUUGUAUGUUAAUUUAUGAAUGAUUUUUUCAGUAAAAAAUACAUAUUCAAGAACCAAA